AUGCUAUCAACGCCGCCUGUGCUAACAAAACUGAAUCUUGAACAAGAGAUGAUUGUCUAUUUGGCCGUAUCUGAUAACGCCAUCAGCUCGGUUCUACUGCAAGAAACACCUGAAUUAACCCUUGUGUAUUUCGUUAGUCGAACACUUCAAGGCCCUGAAUCCCGCUACCAGUUGAUGGAGAAGGUAGUACUAGCUUUACUUCAUACAGCUCGUUGGUUAAGACACUAUUUUCAAAGUCAUCAGGUACUCGUACGUACAGAUUGUCCAAUGGCCAAAAUUUUGAGGAAACCAGAGUUGGCUGGUCGACUGGUGUUAGCCGACUUCGUCAAUGAAUUCACUGUACAACGACAAACUACUUCAGACAUGUGGAAUCUGCACGUUGACGGAUCAUCAAACCGACUAGGUAGUGGAGCUGGGGUCAUACUUGAAGGGCUGAACGCAUUUGCUAUUGAACAAUCCAUUCGGUUUGGAUUCAAAGCAUCCAACAAUCAAGCCGAAUAUGAGGCUUUACUUGCUGGUCUCAGAUUAGCAAAGGAGAUGGGAGUUAAACGCAUUACUGGUUGGAGUGAUUCAAAAAUUGUGGCCGAACAGGUUAAUGAUACAUAUCAGGUUAGGGACUCAGUUAUGCUUAAAUAUUACCAAGAAUUCAAGAAAAUAAAAGAUGAAUUUGAUGAGGUAUGUGUUCGGCACACGCCAAGAAACAUGAACGAGCGAGCCGACAGGCUUGCUAGGCUGGCUAGCCAAAGAAAACCGGGGCAAUUGCAAAGCAUGGUUCAUCAAGAAAUCCUCCAACCCAGCAUCACCAAACAAGAAUGCAUGGAUAUAGAAAAUUCAUCUCAUAAUUGGAUGACCCCAAUCAUCCGGUACCUCAUCAAUGACAGCUUACCAGAGGAUCCAGCUUCAGCUAAGAAAAUAAAAAUGCAUGCAGCUAAGUACCUUCUUCUCAGCAAAGACUUGUACAGAAGAGAAAUUCCAACACUUAUGCUUAAAUGCCUAGACGACGACCAAGCUAGCUACGUCAUAAAGAAAAUCCAUGAAGGUAUUUGUGGUACCCAUUCGGGCGGACGAACUAUGGCAGCGAAAAUACUCAUAGCCGGACACUAUUGA